AUGGCAUUCAUCUAUACAGGUUUAGCAAUAAUUGGAAUGGUUUUCAUCUCUCCUGUUAUAAUACCAGCACUAUUUCUGGGGGGGUUAUUUUAUGACUUUUUCAAUUCAAAACUGCCACCUGGAAUUGACCAACCUCUAAAGCUUCGGUUUUACCAUUCCGUGAUGAUUACAACCAUGAUGUCGGGAAAGAUUUUGCAGAAGCUAGGGGUCUGCAGUGAUUUAACCUUAUUGCGAUUUGUGCUAGAUGGAAUACUACCAUGCAGAGAUUCAAAACUUCUUAUCAAGGAUCUCAAAGUAGAUGAGGUACCUUUGAGGAUUUAUCAGCCUAAGUGGCCACCUACUGGUAAAAGAAGAGGAAUACUAUAUUUUCAUGGAGGCGCUGGCACAUUUGGGAGCAUUAGAGCCUUUGAAAGAAUAUGCCGCUAUAUUGCCAAAAAAUGUAACUCAGUGGUUGUUUCUGUUGGUUAUCGUUUGGCUCCUGAACACCCAUAUCCAGGGCAAUAUUUUGAUUGUCUCAAUGCUACCUUAUACUUUAUGAGGAAUUUAGAAGAGUAUCACGUGGAUCCUGCUCUCAUCAUCAUUAGCGGUGACAGUUGUGGAGCUAAUUUUGCUACGGUUAUUUGCCAAAUACUGGUAAAUAAAAGGGAUCUCCCAAAAGUACGUGCACAGGUCUUACUUUACCCAGGACUACAAGGGCUAGAUUUUCAUUUACCUUCCUAUCAGCAGAAUGCUAGAGUCCCCAUGUUGUAUCGGAAGCUAGCUAUCUACUUCUGUUUUCGUUAUCUUAAUAGAGAACCAUCAUUUCUGGAAGAUGUCCUUCAAAAUUGCCAUGUUCCUGAGAGUAUGAAACGGAAAUAUAAAAAAUGGAUAAGUGCUGACAAUAUUCCUGAUGAAUUUAAAAUUAGAGGCUACAUACCGCAGAAAUCCACUUCAUACAAACAUGAAGUCCAUGAAGCAGUCAAAGAACUGUUAGCAAUAACAUUUUCCCCCCUUUUAGCUGAAGACUCAAUUAUUUGCCAGCUCCCUGAAUCCUAUAUUGUGACCUGCGAGUUUGACGUGCUUAGAGAUGAUGGACUGUUAUACAAGAAGCGAUUGGAGGACAAUGGCAUUCAAGUAACCUGGCAUCAUUCUGAGAGUGGUUUUCAUGGAAUUUUAGCCUUUUUUGGCUAUGGGAUUUUUUCCUUUUUAUCUGGAAAAAAGAUAAUGGAUAACACUGUGAAUUAUAUAAACAGUCUAUAA